UCAUCGCUUUAUAAAUACGUCGGCGUUGUCAGUCCGUCGCACACGUGUGAGGAAGCCGGUUGGUGCACCUGUGGAUUACAUUGUCUCGUACAACGCGAUCCUAUACAUCAUGAACUCUACGUUCAGUCCACCAUACGAAGUGCUAACUUCUGAAAAGUUAGGCAGAUAUGUUGUGGCCAAGAGAGAUCUGAGGGCCGGAGAAACGAUAUUUUCCGAUGAGCCAUUCGUUCUUGGUCCAAACUCUGAAUCGACCCUUGUGUGUUUUAACUGCUACCUGCCACUGUUGAGCAAAUUCGUGGUUUGUAAAAAUUGUGCCGUAGCACCAGUAUGUCCAGGAGAAGGGUGCCCUGAUUAUCUUCACAAAAAAUGGCACACAGAAAGGGAAUGCAAUUUCUUCAAAAGUGUCAAAUUAUUAAAUGGUUUACAUCCCAUGACAAUGGUACAAAAUGUGGGGUCUUUAUUAGCUCUACGCGCUUUUAUGAAGAGAACUGUUGAUACUCAGGCUUGGCAAGAGUUUAUGCAAUUGGAAACUCAUUUGCAGGAAAGGAGGGGUACAAGUAUUUGGGAAUUUUCAAAGAACACCGUGAGGUUCAUUCAAUCACUUAGUGUCAUCGAUGAUAUCCCCGAUGACGAUCUGAUUCAAAGGAUUUGUGCUGCUAUUGACGUGAAUAGUUUCGAAGUUAGAGGUCCGCCUGUUCCCUCCAUCGGGUGUGCUGAAGUGUUACGCGGGGUCUACCUGAAGGCUGCGCUCCUGGCUCACGAUUGCGUAGCGAACACGCAUAUGGCUAUAAACGAUAAUAAUACGCUCGUAUGUCAUGCCAGUGUUGAUAUUAAGAAAGGAGAACCCAUUUAUUAUAACUAUACGGAUCCCUUGAAGGGUACAUCAAUACGACAGCAGAAUUUAAUGAUCGGCAAAUACUUCAAAUGUUCUUGUGACCGAUGCUCGGAUGCCACUGAAAUGGGAACUUUCAUGAGUUCUCUCAUGUGUGCUGAGUGUAACACUGGCUAUGUAUCUAGGAACAGUCCCGAAGAAUGGACGUGCAACAACUGCAAGAAAGCGUUUCCUGACCCUACCAUUGUUAAUAGGAUCAAGUGUUGCAUGGACAAAUUCGAUGUACUAAACAAAACAGAUACUAAGGAAUUAGAAGAAUAUAUCAGAAACGUUUCUCUAAUUCUAUCUCCUAACCACUACUUGCUGAUGGAUGCCAAACAACGUCUGGCUGGAGUACUGAGAGACACAAUAAACAGGGAACCCCGACCCACCAAAAAACUGAUCAAACGGAAGUUGGACCUCUGUAAGGAACUUCUACCAGUGCUUGAAACACUUUGCCCUGGAAUAUCUAGGACAAAAGCUAUCACUUUGUACGAAUUACACGCUGCGAUUGUUCAGCUGGCAAAAAAAAUGUUUGAUGGCAGAGACCUGACAGGACCAGCUUAUUUGGAUGAACUGACGUCUGCGGAGAAAUAUUUAAAACGCUCUUUAGAAAUGCUUUUCAUCGAGCCCGGUAAUUCCCCCGAGGGUGAACUAUGUGCUAAAGCUUUAGAGGAAUACCGAGCAUUGAAGGUUACUAUGAGCAAUAUCCUCGAUGCUAUUCAUACGGAAGGAAAGUCAUACGUUUGUGCAGUUGAAAGCAAUGGUUCUGAUAAAUCGAAAUAAAUGUUAUAAGUACAAUCAA